GGUGAACGUAACCUAAUGUAGUAUUUGUGCGAAACAGUUGUGUUUACUGACAGUCAAUGGAUGGAUGUGUUUGUGUUGUGUCUGUAAUUGUCAACACAUUUACCACUCAUUGAGUCAUUCAUUGCAUUCAACACUACAUUAACUCUAAUUUGCUUUCAAUUCAUAGUAUUAUAUAUUUAUCAUAUGAUAGAUGUAUUGACCACCACUUGAAUCACACGAUGGCAUCGAUGCAGAAACGUCUUCAGAAGGAACUGCUGGCCAUUCAGAAGGAGCCGCCCAUUGGAGUGACAGUGAAUGAGUCGAAUAUCGGACCAAAUCUGACACAAUGGAUUGUCGACAUCGAUGGUCCGGUUGGCACUCUCUAUGAGGGCGAGCACUUCCAACUGCUCUUUAAAUUCAGUCCGAAAUACCCGUUUGAUUCCCCGGAAGUGACAUUCAUGGGCGCCAACAUUCCAGUCCAUCCCCACGUCUACAGCAAUGGACACAUAUGUCUGUCGAUACUGACCGAAGACUGG